UGUCCAAUCUCCGUUUUAUUUCUAGCACUUCCUUAUUCACCAGGGAUUCUCGACUUCCAUUACCCACCCUAGUUUUUCUCAGCACAACCCUCUCAUAUUUCAAUGUCAUUUAUCAGUGGUGGAGGAUGGGCCGGAGGCAACGUAAGCAACUCCCCAGAGACUCUCAUCCAGCAGCCUCUGCUCAGGCCCAGCCUUCUCUCCAGUUGCCACCACAGCCUGGAGGCGCCUGCCUCCACCCUCCCGAAUGGUGCUCCUCCUCGCAGGCCUCGGCCCAGGAUCCAGGCCCCCUUUGCCUCCUGUCUCGGAGCUGUUGCUCCGGGUCUCUUCUGGUGGACUCCCCGUGACGGGGAGGGAAGGACUUUUGCACAUACAAGGCUAUAGCUCUUGGGACCCCACCGGCAACUUGAAUCUCGGCCUCUAACCGAGUGUGAGGUUCUUCCUGUGCCCUCUUUUUCCACCCUUUGAGAAGAGAAACCCUUCUUGCCACCCAGAGCCCAGGAAGCCCCAAGCUGGGGCCCUGGUCCCAGCAUGUCAGUCCUCUUUUUUGUAUAGGGCUGUGCCCUCUCCCCAUCAGCAUGGCUGAACUCAGGCAGGUUCCAGGGGGACGGGAGACCCCACAGGGGGAGCUUCGGCCUGAGGUUGUAGAGGAUGAAGUCCCACGGAGCCCAGUUGCAGAGGAGCCUGGAGGAGGUGGAAGCAACAGCAGUGAAGCCAAAUUGUCCCCAAGAGAAGAAGAAGAACUGGAUCCUAGAAUACAGGAGGAGCUGGAGCAUCUGAACCAGGCCAGUGAGGAGAUCAACCAGGUGGAGCUGCAGCUGGAUGAAGCCAGGACCACCUACCGGAGGAUCCUGCAGGAGUCAGCAAGGAAGCUCAACACGCAGGGCUCCCACUUGGGGAGCUGCAUCGAGAAGGCCCGGCCCUACUAUGAGGCUCGGCGGCUGGCUAAGGAGGCCCAGCAGGAGACACAGAAGGCAGCACUGCGGUAUGAGCGGGCUGUGAGCAUGCACAACGCUGCCCGGGAGAUGGUGUUUGUGGCUGAGCAGGGCGUCAUGGCUGACAAGAACCGGCUGGACCCCACGUGGCAGGAGAUGCUCAACCACGCCACCUGCAAGGUGAAUGAGGCCGAGGAGGAGCGGCUUCGUGGUGAGCGGGAACACCAGCGGGUGACGCGGCUGUGCCAGCAGGCUGAGGCUCGGGUUCAGGCCCUGCAGAAGACCCUCCGGCGGGCCAUUGGCAAGAGCCGCCCCUACUUCGAGCUCAAGGCCCAGUUCAGCCAGAUCCUGGAGGAGCACAAGGCCAAGGUGACAGAGCUGGAGCAGCAGGUAGCCCAGGCCAAGACCCGCUACUCAGUCGCCCUGCGCAACCUGGAGCAGAUCAGCGAGCAGAUUCAUGCGCGGCGCCGGGGCCAGCUCCCUCACCCCGCGGGCCAGCUGCGCUCUUCCCCAGUGGGGGCCGAGGCCGGGCCUGAUGGUGGCGAGGAUGGGGACAGCGGGAUCAUCGAGGGGGCCGAGGGCGGGGGGCUGGAGGAGGGUGUCAGCCUGGGGCCUGGCCCUGCCCCCGACACGGACACGCUGAGCCUGCUGAGCCUGCGCACUGUGGCUUCAGACCUGCAGAAGUGCGACUCCGUGGAGCACCUGCGGGGCCUCUCGGACCACGCCAGUCUGGAUGGCCAGGAGCUGGGUCCCCGGAGUGGGGGUCGUAGCGGCCGCCACCAGCGCAGUAUCAGCCUGUAGCCCUGUGCUCAGGGUGGCUGGUGCAGUCUUAACCACCACUGGCCCAUGGAGGGCCCUGCAGGCUCCUAGCUCCCUCUCCUCGGGCCCUCGCUUCCCCCAGAGAGGUCAGGUUGGCUGUGUCUUGAGUCUGUCCUGUCUUCCUCACCCUGCCCUGCCCCCGACAGGUGGCAGCUCUCUUUGCCUUACCCUUUCAGAAGGCUUGUCUUUGGCUCUCACAUCUCCCUUCCGCCUGCUGGCCCCUCACAGUCUGAUACUGUUUGCUGCCCUCUUUUUGACUUCUUCCAUCUGUCUGGUUUUUCCCCUCAGGGAAAUUUGUCUAGAAGGCACAGGGACACCAUCAGAGAAGGUGGGUGCUGGACCUGGGUCCUGGCAUCUUGGCCCCCCCAAGCUUGAGUGAAUGGACGGGUGCCCCUUCCACCUACCCAUCUCCCGAGUGGUCCCGAGUGGCAGGGAUGCUGCCGAGCCCUCCUAGCAGCCCAGCGCCCCAGUCCUCUGUCCCAGCCUGCCUGUGUGUAACAUGUAAGAUGCACUGUGGGACUGUGUGACUCUGGAAGACACCACCCAUCCCUUUAGUGCUCCCUCCUCAUGACCUAAGCCACUUUGCUAUGUGUGCCUCAAAGCAGGACUUGAGGGAUACUGGUGUCAGGGAAGGUGAAACCCAAUCUCAUCAUUGAUAAAGGGGGCACCACCAACUCCAAACAGACUCCCGUGUGUGUGGUGUUUCCCCAGCUUGGCUGGGUCCUUAACAUUGCCAAGGUGCUAGUGAGUCCAUGUUGGGGGAUGGAGAUGUAGUGAGGUCCUGAUGGCUGAAGGCCUUGCCAUUCCUGCUGUGGAGUUAGGUUAAUUUACUUUUUCUGGGUAGAGGAUGCUGAACCAAAUCUCAGCAUCCUCCUGCAGGGUAGAGUUGGGGAACUUGGUGCUCAAUUGCUCUCCCUCGCUCUUCCCCAAACCAAACAGUACCUAGUCCAUGAUCCCUUGGGGGGUGCUCAGGUUUGGCUGCAGAGCCUCCACUGAUAUGGGGAAGGUUUGGCCUGGGGUGAGGGAACCCGCCCUCUAUAGGGAGCUGCUUCAGGUGUCUGGUGGUACUCCUGUGCUGCGUGGGGCGGGGGAAAGGUAGGGAAGCCACACUGGAUCUAGGUGCCUUGGGAGCACCAAUCCUCCUGUCCCACCCCAGGAGGGCUGAGAGCUGGACUCUGGACAGGAGAACUUGUGCCUAGGCCUGUGUGCUGCUGCCGUUGACUGGGGGAGGAGCAGGCCUUCGAAUAGAAGGUGUCUCCCUGUCCCAGGGUUGAGGCAGUUUGGUCAUGAUGAGAACUGCCAGGUUUGAGGUGGCCAUGGGGGGAGGGAAGAAGGGGGAGGACGUGGGCGUGCGUGCGUGCAUGCAUGUGACUGUGUGUAUGGGGGAAAAGGGUCUGCCCCUGAUUUUAUUUAAAUAAAAUAGUUUAUGUAACA